UUAUUAGACCAUUCACGUCUACGAGAAUCUUUAAAUAUUGUUUUGCUUCUGCAAAGACUAAAAGAUCCUCCACGUCUAUGCACGUUAUGAAUACUUUUACCAUGCAUUUUUCAGCCGUCCUCUAACUUAACAGUGGAUAUUACAUCGUCUAACGUUACACAGACACACAAUUCAUACAGUUGAAUUUAUAGAUAUUUACUCAUGCAUUUUUUUAACUAUGAAAAAGUUACAAUAUGAACCAGUGUUUAUUUUCUGUGAUGAAUACACCAGCAACCGAGAGGUCAAUAUUAUAGUCGGACAUGAUUGAGGACGUACGCAGUCAGUUACCGCGCGUGCGCACUCGGUAUGUAAACGACAACGGUGGACAGAUACAUUUUGAACCGCUGCAGCUUGUGCAAAUGCGAAUUUACAACAUUAAUAUCGGCCAGAGAUCACAACAUUUACCACCUUAAAAUACCGUCAACUAAACAACAGAAACGCACCCUUCCUGUCUGCCAUUUCUAGGCGGCUGCUAGCUUACUUCGUGCAGCAGUAGGAUCAUGUUUGCCUCUCAAACCUCGUCCUUCCAGGAUUCAAUUGACGUGGAAGAGAGGGAUGACUAUGACAGCGAAGAAAUUGCAGGAUAUAGCCAGAAAAUACAGUUGAACUGCUACUACACCAUCUAUCUUUAUCAGGGAACAAGAUCUGAAGCUUCUGGGGAAAAUGUGGCGUGGAACCAGAGACGAGCAGACUCCACAACCAGUCAGGAUGACUUUAGCCUGACGCUAAUUGACAGCAGCCUGCCAUCGGAGGCAGAACCUGAGCUGCGGACCUACAUUUCAAGGAGGCUGAGCAAAGGGGCCCUGCUCGGAGGGAUGGGCAACAUCGCCACUGUGGAACUCAGUAUCCCAGAACAGGCAGUUGGCUGCUACUGCUGUCUGCUGGAGCAGGAAAGGUCUCCCGAGCAGCCUGAUGCUGAUGGAAAUGGAUAUGUCAUCUGCUUUAUGGGUGGCUCAGAAAAGGGACUGAACCUAUUUAGAUUAGAGCUUGAUAAAUACGUCCAAGGCCUGCAUAGCAGCCUGCAAACCCCAGAGCUGCAGAACCUUGAGACAGACGUGCGUCCCUACCUGAGCCGCUGGUACGAGGAGUCUGUGAUGCACAUUCAUCGGGUUGUGCAGCUGGUCCAAAGCAACAUCAGCUUCUUGUUACAUGCUGCUCUGAGUCACACACACGUGGAGGUGAUUAAUGCAGACGAGAGGACGAAGGCUGAUGUCUCCAGGUUCAUCAAGGCAGCCAGUCUGCAGGGCCUGUCCCAGCAAGACACUACAACAGCUUCUUUGUGUAAAGCUGUCUCAGAGGACACACACUCUGACCUGAUCAUUAACUGCUCCACCAGCCCACCCACGCUCUCUAACACUGUCAGUAAUCGCUUCUGUGACGACUGGAUUCAGGCAUUUCUAAACGCUGCAGAGCGGUGUAAUCCUUUCCUGCUCAGACAGAUUCUGGAGAACUUCAAACUAAAGGCCAUCCAGGACAUGAACAGCCUGAAGCGUUUUGUGCGGCAGGCGGAGACGAGUCACUACGCCCUGUUUCGUUGCUGCCAGUUCCUGCAGGGCUGUGGAAAUGGGGACGUGUUGCUGCAGAAUGCCAGGGCCGAGCACAGCGACCUGCCUGAAGCCUGCAGCAUCAUCACCGUCCUGGAGGAGUUCCUCAAGGAACAAUCCCAGGCCCAGGCCUGAUUCCAUGACGACCAAGUUGUGGAGCCUCAAUACUUUCUCUGUUGCUGGUAAGACAGUCUGCUCCCCCAGUCAGUCAGUCAGUCAGCAGAUAACCAAGCACCAAUCUAAGCGUAGCACUACAUCCUAUGUUAAACGUACUGCUGCUCCUCGACGAGAAGAGUGGUGGUCAGAUCCAGAAUAUGUACUGUAAUCAACUGACAACUUACAGCUUCACUUCUUUUAAUAGCCUGAGUCUGUAGCAUCAGAGCACUAAUCUUAACAAUUAGCUGUUAAUUGGGGAUCAUAGCAAUGUGAACUGACAGAUGAAUUCAAAUGAAGAAGAAAAAAAAAUCAGUGCGCAGAUCAGUUUCAAUCUGUUUUUAGAGUGCUACUUUCCCAGUCUUUCCAUUUGCUAAUUAUUUUUGUUGUGUGAAUGUGUGUAACAAUACUAUGAACCAAAUAUUAUUACUAGUGUUAUGCUAAGUGACAAUGAUCACAACCCAGACUAAAGCCUCUGGUCAUUGGUGAGGAAUAAGGAAUUUCUUAUUUCAUGACCAGAUUUUCUUUUAUUGUUGUUCUGUAUUAUAUUUGAUUGUAUAAGUUUUCUUUUGGGGAGAAACAUAUUAAGAAUGCACAAAUCACUUUUAUGCAUUGCUUGUGACAUAGGCCUUCUUGAUUUCUUUCAUUUCAGUCCAGUACCUGCACUACUAUGUUAUUCCUGUCUAGUGAAUACCACUACUGUAUGUACUUAUGUCUAUCAAGUGAUGUUAGAUGGUUAAUCCUUUCUCCUUGGGAAUGCAGUGUUGUAUACAUAGCAUGAAUAUCAUUCCCUGUUUACAAAAAUCUUCCUCCCCAGCCAUCAGCAGCUGAAGACUUGACAAGGAAAA